UUGCCUACCCACUCCACCUCACACCUACUUAUGUAGGUAUUUCUCGUCAUAAAAUGACGCGUAUUAUCUUACUUUGCUUCCUGGUGGGUAGCAUUUUAGGAAACAUACCACCCGAUUUCAACGUAAAGUUCCUCAUAGCUUUCACAAACAUUCCAAAGAAGGAUAGCGGAUCUGGGAAAGCAUCUGAAACUGACCCUUACGCCAAAAUCCAGAAUGACUAUGAUCACAAAGCCUACAAGUCCAAAGUCUUGAUGGAUAAGAAGGAAGGAACAAUCCCAGGACUUUUCGAAUUUGACUGGAGUUACGACCAUCCCAUUGUAUUCAGUGUCGAAAUGUAUGAUUUUGAUCCGGGCAUAUUCUCCACUUCGGAUGAGUACAUUGGACGAACUCAUAUCUACCAACCACAACUAUGGUACGAGAACGACACCGGUGUCGAGCAGCAAGUCCUCUACACGUAUGACAAGGCUGGGAAACUCACAAAUUUGCAAAGAGAUGGACAAGAUUCCGUUUUAUCUCUGCACUAUUUAAUCGAUAAUGAGGUCGACGCUUCUACUCAUCCGCAAUUAAAAUCUUGGUCAGAGAAGAAACCUGAAUUCGAUGUUAUUAGGAUUGAUAAGUGAUUGAGGUAAAUAAAAUUGCAUCAAUUGGA